UUUUCCAACUCGACGCCGUCAGUUCAGCUGCGGCCACGGACGGAAAUAACCGCGAUACGUUGGCUCACGUCGCGACGCCCGUGAAAAGACGACGCCGACGCCAGAUCUAUCUACUCUAAAGCGCUCGUUUCGAACUUUUUCAUUUUUUCUCUUUCGUUGGACUUUGUAUUUUAUUUGUGUUGGUGUGGAAUUAUAGUAUGACUGCGAUAUGGCAUAGAUACCAACCGCACCAAUGAGCUAAGCAAGAGCAAAUCGAAACACACCCCCAGAACCCAAAAGUAGACGCAUGAAACCUGCCAAUCUAAAACCACCCCCUUCGGUAACCAAACGCAAGUCUUCGCAAUGUGGGUGCCUUACAGAGCAUGUAUGUCAUAUUCCCGGCAGAUGAAAUAGUCUAUCUGUCAUAUGGUCGCCUUAUAUAUGUACCUUCAACCCCUGAACCUGAAAACCAACUACGAACUCCCCCCAUCAGAACGUCCCUGGAAGACAAUCAACUGUUUUACCCUGGUACAUCUGAAAAUAGUCCUAGCCAGAGAGAAUCCAUUGCCAGUAGUGAGUCCGAUAAAGCUGUUAAAUCCUUCAAGUCUAAAACUAAAGAAAAAUCAAAAAACGACGUGUAUAGUAUUGGUAGUAAGAGUAUAGAUUUAGAAACUAGAGAAUCCUCGGAAAAGAUAAGAAUCGACGGAAUAACUUACGAACGAAGAAGAUCUUCCGAACAACGCCAGAAAUCUGAGCAACCAAGCACAUCAGUUCAAUCUAAUCCAGCACCAGCAGCAAAUCUCACUAAUAAAUCCAGUUUUUUUCUUAAAAGAUAUGCAACCAAUCGAACUUCGAAGUAUAUUCCUUCGGAACCUAGUACAUCUGGCUAUAAUAGUUUAGAGAGGAAUAAAUUUAACGAAUCUGAGAACAUACAACCCUUACAAUCUACUGGAAGCUUAAAUAGGUUUGGUACAUUAAGGAAAGCUGCUUCUUUAAAUAAAACAGAACCAACAAUUGUUCAGAAUUCAGAUACGUCUAGAUUCAGCACACCUCCUAGAGUUAUUAAACCAAGAAGUCAACAAGAAGUGCAGAACAUCGCAAAUAGAAAUUCAGCUGCAAAGGAGUCUACUUCAUUUAAUAGAUUCAGUACCCCAAAUCGAUCAAUAAAAACGAAAAGUCCUGUAGAAACUGAAAGUUUUGGAUCUCGAACUUUAGAAGCUCAAGAAUACAGUACAACCAAGGGUAAAUCGCCAAACAAAUUCCUAAAAAGUAGAGAAGCUGAAAACCUGAAUAAAUCCUUAGAAAGGGGCUCAACUGGUAAUAGCAACAAGUCAAGUAAAUCCAGUAAAAAUAGUUCAAGUUCUUCUAAAUCUGUAGGUGCUAUUAAGACGAAACAAAGCGCAGAAUCAAAAGAACUACUUUCAAGACCACGUACUUUUUCUGAGACAGCAAAUUCCCCUAGUGCAGAGCCCAAGAAGAAACUAACUAAUAGUAAUUCCUUUAGGUCCUUUCUUAAGCCUUCCGCGUUGACCAAAGAAAAAGUUCCAGAACCUCCAGUGAGACCUGAACGCAAAAAAGACAAAAAAAGUGAUAGUAGUGAUGACAGACGACUGUCUUAUUCCGAUUAUUUAGCUUUAAACAGAGAACGUGUACCUCGUAGUGAUAUAAUAAACACAAGAAGUGAUAAAGUACAACAACUGCGUGUGAAACCUAUACCUAUACCUAAACGUGAGAAAUCCCCAGUGCUUAAGUUCUUUAGGGCUCAGUCUUCCAGCCCCAGAAAUUUUGGCCGCGAUAGGACAGCCUUCGAUUUCGACGGGUUCUUCAAGCAAGAACCAGCGAGUCCUGGAAAGCUUUCCGUUAAUUCUACACCUACUAAAAGUCCACCGAUCAAAGGCAUUCCUUUAAAAGCUUUUGGCUCUGAGGCUAACUUGGCAGGUCGUCAAUCAGAAAAGUCGCCGGCAAAGAAGAAACAGUUCUUCCAGAACGUGCGAGGAGCUGUAACGUCGAAGAAAGCAUCGACGCUAGAGAAAGACCUGGCCAAGAUGGCGGGAAAUGAAUCUCCACUGAAGGACCUUAUACAUCCGUCUUACAACGAACAUUUGAAGUCCCACAAUGCAGUUAGCUUUAAACUUAUUCGUACUGUGUCCGAUUUCACCCAACAGUUGGGUCAGAUGUACGAGCACCAUGCGGAAGAACUUCAAAUGCUCGUCGCCAACUUCCGGAAACGAAACGGGGAACUCAGGAAGGAAAGACCGGCCUGUCCCAGUUCGUUAUUUCACACGUGGGAGACUCUUCUGCAAGAAGUGGAAAUCGACUCGCAAGCUCUUGGAGAUAUCGCCUCGAUUCUAGGAAGGCAGGUGUCAAGGCCGUUAUUGGAGAGGUCCUUUCAUCGAAAGAUACAAUCUAGGAAAGUUUUCUCGCAUAGAGAGAGCUACGAGACGAUCAUUGCAAAAACUGAGGAGAAACUGGCAAAGUGUCGGCAAGAGUAUAAAAGUGCGUAUCUGGCGUACUUGGCUGCACCUUCAACCGAAUCCCUGAGCGCUUACUUCAACACCCACAACGCUUAUAUCCAGCAGCUUCAUGCGACGAAUGGAAUGAUGGAUGAAUUUGGAAAGAGUACUUUGCCGUCUUUACUGCAGGAAUUAGACGAAAUUUAUGUAGACUUGUGUUCAACUGUGACUGAUGCGGUACUACAGGGUGCAGAAGUAGUUUCAAAUAGGUCUAUGGAACAAUGCAGGAGAUACGAGAGUCUUAUAUCGCAAUGUAAGGCAGUCUCUGGGAGUUCGGACCUCAACCACUUGGCCCGAUCGUUACCUGUUCCUGGAGGAAGAGGGCCCAUACUGAAAAGGCUGUUUGUGCCACCUCAGCCCCCACCUCCAACUGAAUCCGUCGAUGGAGAAAUGCAAGACUUGCAACAUAAUGAUAGUAUACCUCCUCCCCUUAGAGACGAACUAGUAAUAGAUAAAUUAUCAGCUGUCCAAUUGAAACCAAGCCAUGACGUCCUCCACAAGGAAUCUCAAGAUCUCGAAGCGCAGAUUCGUCAAAUCCAUGACGCGGUUGACACGUUGCUACGCAUCCAGCAGAAAUCCGUCGAAGCUUCUCUCUACAACAAAGCCAACGAACUACAAGAAGAUAUAUCGAUGAAACGAUUCGACCUGCGAGUUGCUCAGCUACAUCUCAGUGCUAUUAAUUCACAAAAAGAACUUUUUUCGAACAAAUUGGAGGGCGAGACCGUCACCCGCGAGCGAAAAAUGUCGUCCGCCUCCACGGCAAGCAUGAAAAACAAAUGGCUGAAGGCUUUUAAAAGCCUUAAAACUCCACCGCCAGAAGCGGAGCCUAAGAAAAAUGGAGCAGCCGCUACAAGAGAACUGUUAAAAGGGGACCCAGAUGCUCAUAAUUUUCAGGAAUAUACAUAUAAGAAGAUCACCCCCUGCGAUGUUUGUUCACAAGUACUUAGGGGUCACACCAGGCAAGGCCUAAAAUGCCGAAUCUGCAAGAUGAACGUUCACAUGGACUGCUUAGACAAGGCCUCAAAAUGCCAAACCAAAGCAAGGCUUCUGCGAAGACAAAAGUCAACAUCAGAAAUUGAGACCAGAGUACCUGAAAUGAACCCCGAUGAUGAAAGGGUAGCAGCAGUGUUCUCAAUGCCAACCAUUAAUAGACGUUUGUCAAUGAGGAACAACAACCAGCUUCACCCAAAUCUCAACAACGCUGUUGUUUUAGACUACAAGCAAGGUCCAUCGACACCAAAUAGCGCUCCCAUUAUGGCCGAAUCGACUUCGAUGAGAAGAAGACUUUUCGCGGGAAUGAAAAGUCUGACCGGUUUUGGAUCGAGGUCGAGACACGGAUCGCCGGGCCAUCGCUCCAUCUCUCUACCAGAAAGAACGAGCAUGAAGUCUUCACCAAGUGCUGUGAACAUUUGUCCAAUGUUUGGAAGUCGAAACGCUGCUCCCCACUCCCCGCGCCGACAGAAGCUGAACCUGAGGAUGAAGAGUUUAUCCCUGGACUCCCCCGAAAGUACUGAACACGUCCGAAGAGGAAAACAUCAUGGGACUAACGCUUCUAGUGACCCGCACUCCAACCAGAGCAGCUCGUCGAGAAUUCAGUCACCUUCAAGUCCUGUUCACAAUCGUCGAUUGCUAUCAGCGAAGAAUAUUAGAAUGUCAUCAGUGGAACUGCCUGAUGAAAAUGACAAGAGUCCUUCAUCUGCAAGUGCUUCUCCCUGUCCCAGUCCUGUAGGUGCUAAGAAAUCACAUCGGCUUCUCCCCACCAACCUCUACGUAGUUUUGUACAACUUCAAAUCGCGCCAUCAAGAUGAAUUAGACUUGAAGGCCGGCUACAAAGUAACAGUUAUUGACACUUCUGACCCAGAUUGGUGGAAGGGUAAAUGUCUCGGAAGAAUCGGAUUCUUCCCAUCAAAAUACGUUUCGAAGCUAGGCUCUGGGGAAAAACCGUUACAGGUUACCCACAACCUUCAGGUGUCAGAUGGUGAUAACGGUCUGAUGCUCCUUAGGGACCAAAUAGUCAUACAGAUUGGCGAAGAGUUAGACGGCAUGGUCAUGAUCCGCUCCGGUGAUAACCGCCAGGGUAUUUGUCCGAUCAAAUUCCUACAGGAAGUGUGACAACGUAGCGAAGUAGCUUGUCAAGCCACUUCACCUUGUAACUGUCUCUAUAAACAACAAAGCGCACCCCAAACUACCCUUAACAAAAUAUACUAUCCCAAUCCCACCCCUAGGCUGAUCCAGAAUAACGUGUCUAAUAAGCAGAACAAUAAGCGGAACAAUAGUCAUACCGGGAGUAUAUUGCAGUAUUAUUAUAACAACUUCGGAAAGAACAACAAAGAUACUAAUGUUUAUAAUAACGUCUUGAAUAGAAGAAGAACGGAAUUGGCUUUCCUGCACGGGAAAGCGCCAUUUUCUUCCAACAAAAGGCCUCUAUCUAUUCGGCUUUCUACCCCGAAGCACGUAGUCAACUUCUUCAAGAACAAAUCGGACUCGCAGAAAAGACCUUUGCUUUUACAGGGAUCCCAGACACUGAACAAUCAUGCCAGUUUUCAAAUUAUUCCGAACAAAACAGGUUUGAAAAUAUCCUCAAUAUACACAAUCAGCGAGAACGUCGAAAAAUUUAGUCUGUAUAGGAAGAAUCUAUAUAUUUCAUCGAAUAGCAGGCCUCUAUUUGUUAGGAUAUAAUAUUUUUUGCCAAUGACUCCCAUAUUUUUGUAAAUGUUAAUAGUAUUACUGUGAAGCUAACUUUACUAUACCCAUAUUUUUGAGACGGUGGAUCUUAGUUGCUUUUGAGACUAUACUAAUAGACAAGUAAGGAUCUGCGAAAAAACGUCUAUUUUUGGAUGUGAGAGGUGGCAUUCGGAUUUUUGCAGAUAAAGUUAGCUGACACCUUCAGUAAUAAUAAUUGACUUAUGCUCCUUCUCAAAUAUGCCCGGAUCAUUAAUAAAAAAAUUAAAAUAUUUAAAAAUUUCGAAAUACAUCGAUUUUUUCUGCUUUCUUUGCUUAUAACUUUAAGACGAUUCGUUUUGGAACAAAGUCAUAGAGAAAUAAAAUAAAGAUAAUUGAAUUUUGUAUGAUAUACGACUGGUAAAAAUUGUCUUAAGGUAUUAAAUUUUCUGCAAUAUAGCAAUAAAUACAAAAUAAGGGGGUAAAAUAAGUCUGUUGUUAUUCAAUACUUUUUAACCACUUUGGUGGCACUUAGAACCUUAGUAAUUCGCUUAAGAAAUUCUUUGUAACAUACUUAAAUCGUGUAUUGUCCUUUUCAUGAGCAUUUUUCAGUGCGUAACAAAUGAUAGGAAAAAGGGUAAGUCCGUGAUAAUACACAUUUAUGACAUUUAUUCUAACAUGACAUUUUAGUUAAAUCUGACAGUAGUCACAUUUUAUUUUCAAUUUUAUCUUCUAUCAAAGAAUAUUUUGUUAUGGUUCGUAUUUCUUUGAAUAAGUCGACCAUUUUAAAAUAAAAUUCUUUAAAGGAAGUUUUAUACAGGAACAUGCUAUGAAUAUCCUUUUCGACAUCCAGUAUUAAAACAUCACUUAACAAAGACUUCUCCCUAAAGACCUAAAGUAGUACAGAAAGUCGAAAUGAAAAAAACUUUGCACACCCUCACUUUUUUACCUUGUUUAACAAAAUAAAAAGAAUGGUUAUUGGUUCUUAAACCACUCUUUGCUACAUUAAUCCGUUCCAUCAAUGCACUUAUAAUUUUUAGCUGCUUGGAAAUGUCUCCAAAAUCCCAGUAUAACUUAAAAAAAAAGCUCAUCUCUCUUCUUCUAUGCAUUUCCGGUACAUGUUUGCCUGCAUUUUGUGAUGUCACACGGAUCUCUAACUGAUCUGGCUGAAAUGUAUAUCUUCCUGUUGUACAUUUGAUAAGAUUGUCCAGAGUUUCGGAGGCCUUUAAUUCUGUUUUGUAUCCACUUCUUACAUUGUUCUUCUUACAGUCUAAGUGAAGUCUAAGAAAAAGUAAACCUAUACUGACACAACUUUGUUCUUUCAUGGCAUAAAGUAAAGUAUUUGAAUUUAAGUAAAUUCUAUACCGACACAACCUUAAAUUUUUCUGACACAAAGAGUGUGUUUUUGCAAAAAAUUCAUUCCAUACUGGCACAACUUUUAAUGGGCCGGUAUAGACUAACAAAUAAGAUAUUUUUAUUGAAGGAUAUAAAAAUUAAAAAAUGGCAUAACAUUAGUUUUAUGAAAAUAUGCCGGUAUUCCACGUACAAGCAACACAAACACACCUAAAGUCAACGGCAUAUUAAAUAUGUGACUGUAUAGUGCUGCCGCUCGAGCGAAAUGGAGGGAAAUAUGCACGUGGUACAACUCUAUCUAGGGGAUUCUAUGCAAGCUACCUUUAUGUUGGUUUCGUUCAAUUAUAAAGUGAAAUUUCGUGAUUUUUAAGUAGUGGUUAUCACAAAACACCAUUUUCUGAAAAUGUGCCACUAUAGAACUCAGUAAGCGAUCUGAUUUAACAAAGAAAAGAGAUCAAAUUUUGAGUUAUGUCACUUUUCUUUUAAAAUAUUGGUCCCUUUUUUUAAUAUUAACGAAAAAUACCUAGGACACUUCUCGAAAUAUAUCAAUUUUGUAAUGAAUAACGAAAGGUUCACGUCGAAUGUCAGAGCAUAACUCUAAAAAGUGUCAUUAUUCCGAAAAAAAGUAUUAAUUUUACCGCCAAACAUCAAUGUGACAUUUUUCCUGUAAACGUAUAGGGUAUUUGGAGUCAAUUUAACAAGAUAACUGUAAUUAUGCAUUUUGAGUUGUGUCAUUUUUCUUCCGGAUAAGUGACGUAUCCAAAAUGAGCAACGUGCUGCUUUUACCUACAAAAUAUUUUGCCUGCGGUUUAUGCGGUUUAAAUAUUUUACCAUUAUAAUUACAAAAAAAUAGUUUCUGUAAACUUAUCUACCAACUAAUUUCCCAGAAUAAACAAUGAUUUCGUUAAAAUAAUUUGAAACUGUAGAUAAGUUCAUUAAAAUUAAGUCACUAUGAUAACACGGAGAGCUGAAAAUGACGUGGUUUUAAUUAUUAGGUCAAUGUUAGAUUUCAAAACAAGUCAAACCGGGUAAGAUAGCAAGAACAAAAUCUCACAUUAUAAUUAAUUAAUAAUAAAAUCAAUGAAAAUUAAUUUAGGAGAAGGGAAGUCAUGGAAAAGUGUUUAUGCAGCUAUCUCUUAGAUUUACGUAGAAUUAUAUUUGCCAAAGUUAAUUAUAUUAAAAUAUUAUUACAGCAGAUAAGUACCUUUUGAUGUUUUUUCAUGUUGCUUCAUUGAAAAUUGGACAAUGUAGAAGAAACAUGAGUCAAAAAUAGAAACCAUGGAUAUGAAGCACUUAAGAACAAUCGCAUGAGAAUCAAAAUGGGAUAGAAUAAGAAAUGAAGAAAUAAGAAGAAGAAUGGAAAUAGAGCCAAUAUUAUAUCACAUCCAAAAUAUACAACUAGAAUGGUAUGGACAUAAUGUGAUAAGAAUGAAGCCAGAAAGGAUGCCCAGGAAAAUUCUGGAAAUGGAAAACACGACAAAUAGGAGAAGAGGGUGUCCCCAAAAUAAUUGGAGGGAUCAAAUAAAGAACAUAGGAAAUGCACGAGGGAAAACUAAAGAGGGAAUGAAACGCCUAGCCAAAAACAGAAAAUCGUGGAAAAAAAUGGGUAAAGGAAACAACGGACCAUAAUCCGACGUCGUAACAGGCAUAAGGAAAAAAGACAAGAAGUAGAAGAUGUUGUUUCAUGCAUGUUUUAUUGAUAAUAAUAAAGCAUCCGAUAAAGUACAUGAUUAACUAAUGAAUGCCUUGAUAUCAAUUAAGAUAAAUAAUUGCAGUCAUCUCAGGAUCAUAUCGAAUCUACACCACAAGCAGCGAGCAAAGUACGUGUUAACGAACACCUGUCAGAGGAAAUUUAAAUUAGACGUAGGGUGAGACAGGGAUGCGUAUUAUCGCCAAUUAUUUUUAAUGCCUACUCGGAAGAGAUCCUAAAAAGAGAGCGAAACAGCUAGAAUAAAGGUAAAUGAAGUACCUUAAGCCAGAAGUGCUUGUCGGACUUCAUUAGAAUACAAAGAUUGCAAUGGGCCAGACAUGUGAUAAGAAUGGGAGAGGAUAGGCUACCAAAAAGAGCACUGAAUGCUAGAAUGCAGGGUAAAAGAUCGGUUGGAAAGCCAAGAAAGCGCUGGGAGGACACAGUAAACAGCGACGCACAAGCCCUUUUAGUAGUCCGUGUAUGGAGAAGAGCAGCCACAGACAAGCAAGGGUGGAGGCAAAAAAUAAAGGAGGCCAAGGCUCAAUUUGGGCUGUAGUGCCGUAGAAGAAGAAGAAGAAGGAGUGCCUAUUAAUAACAUUAGAUAUGCGGAUGACACUGUCAUCUUAGCCGAAAAUUUUUAAGAUGUUUAGAGACUGAUGAACAGAAUAGCGGUGUAUGGCCAAGAAUACGAUCUAAUAAUGACAAAAAUGAGAAUAUCUAAAACUCAAAGAAACAACGAGAAUCUACUCAUAAAUAGAACCAAUAUCGAACGAGUAGAGCAAUAUGCAUAUCGCAGAACAGUUAUUAACUUCACAAAUAGAAAUUAAAAUUACAAUAGAAAAGGCUAGAGCAAAUUUUAAUAAAUUCAUAAAAGCACUCUGCACCAGAAAUUUAAAGUUAGACCUAGUUAGGUUGACCAGAUGCUACGUUUUGUCGACUUUGUUUUAUGAAAUGGAAGCUUGGACAUUGAAUGCGGCAUAAAUGAAAAAACUGUAAUCAUUCGAGUUGUGGGUGUAUAGAAGAAUACUCAAGAUAUUCUGGACAGAACACGUCACAAAGAUGUUCUGAGAAAGAGGAAUAAAGACAUGAAAGUCUUAAAUAUAGUCAAAACAAGAAAAUUGGAAUAUCGGUCAUAUUAAACGUGGAAAGAGAUACAACUUGCUCCAGCUGCAGGGAAAGAUCCGGAAAAGGAAGCAUAGCGAGAUCUAAAAUAUCAUGGCUGCGCAACCUGAGAAAAUGGUGCGGAUGUACAUCAAAUGAAUUUUACAGAGGAGUUGUCUCUAAAGUCCGAAUAGCUAUGAUGAUUGCCAACCUCCGUCGAGGAGAAAAAGAUAUUUUUCAUUAGAAAAAAAUUGUGUAAUGAAAAAUAUUCCUUUAUAGAUUAGUUCGUGAAAUAUUUCAUAAUAAAAUCGCAUCAAAAAAAUAAAUCAGCGUAUUAUUUCGAAACUAUUUUCUUGUGAGAUUUUAAUACUAUUUUACUAUCGUUAAUGGGAAUUAACCACAAUAAAAACCAUGAUAACUACGUUGAAAGUACUUUUAUUUUGAUGUUACAACUUCCGAAUUGGAAACCGGAAGCAAUUAUUGACCAAUUAUAAUAACAAACAACUUUCGAAAAAUAAAAAAAGAAUUUAAUAGAGACGAAGUAAUUUUUUGUUUUUUUGGGCGUAAUAUGUUAAUUUACUUAAAUAUUUGUCAGAUUUGCGGUGUUCAACCCCAAAUUUUCCAUGUUUGUUCUGUGGUACUUCAAAAUUUGGCGAAGGUACUUACUCAAUUCUUGGCGGAUGCUUCGAAGAUUAGAAUUUGGUGGAUGCCCUAAUUUUUUUAUGUAUGUCGCGUUCUCUGAUACAUUUUUAACGAACGUUUUUCUUACUUCGCUAAAUAUAUAACUUCAGGAAAUAAGUUGUUCUCUAGUUAGCUGGGUUAUAAAAAUGAAACCACCAGAGAAACUCUCGUUGAAUUGUAUCAUAUUAUUAUGCUCUGUCAAGAUUAAUUAAUAACUAUGAGCGUUCGUUUUUUUUUAUUCUUAUAUUUUUUUCAUCAAAGUUUUUUACUUCGAUUUUAACGUUUUUUAUAAUUUAAUUAUUCAUUAGUUUCACUUGUCUUUAGUAAAGUAUUGAAAGCAAUUACGAUCCACGUCAGAAGAAGAUUACUGUUAAGCACAUCCUUUCGAGUUUUCAUAAGCACUCAGUUUUUGGAUCUCAUCAUAUGUAUCAUUUAAAUCCCUAUAAUAUUGUAUAAAAACGUGUAAGACAUCUAGCUACACAGACAGUCAGUAAAAAUAUAAGAGACAUUAUUAUAAAAAAUAUAUGCAAAGUACUUUUGGGCAAUUUGGAUAAAUAUACACAUUGAUUGUCGUCUUUAAUUGAUACAAUACUUUUGUUAUCAGAAAGAUGUUGCUUUUAUACUAUAUUGAUCUACAAAUACUAGUAUUGAAAGCAAAUAUCAAUUUUUAAAACCAAAAUGGAGUUUACUAACCGAUUUUUACUGGCGGUCUCUUGCUUCAAGAAAUCAGGAAUACAUUUUGUACUUUAUUUUUCUGACAACUGUAAAACUAUGGUACAAUGAACCAUUUAAUAAACUUAUACAAAAUAAAAAGGCAUAUCUUUAAAUUACUAUGAAACUGGAAAAUGUCAUUUAAAAGAUAUUAUGACUGCAACCCUUAAAAUUCAUAAUAAAUACUUAAUUACUCUGUAGCUCUACAGCCCAUCGUUGGUCUUGGUGGUUGACUGUUCAUUCUUCCGACAUUUCUUUCAUUGCAUAGGGUCUUUGUUCAUCUCCAAGUGGAUGCUGUUUCUCCAUCUGGUGCCUGGUAGUCUUCUUCCUUCUGGGUUAGACUGCUACACUAGUUUUGACUAUCAUGAUGGAUUUAGAAGGAUGGGUCAAUGGAGUAACGGUGGCUAGUAGAAAAAUCUCCAAUUUAAGAUUUGCUGAUGACACUAUACUUAUAGCAGCAAAUUAACGAGAAAUGCUAAAUCUUUUGCGAAAAGGUGUGUUAGAAAUCAAUGAAGGUGAUCUUAAUAUUAAUAAAGAUACGACGAGAAUAAUAGUAAUAAACAUAUUUAACACUAUUCAGCUAAGUAACCACUUAAGAAGCAGGGAUACCAGAUAGUAGACAGCUUCACCUAUCCCGGAUCUAAUGUAACUAUAAGUCGCCUCAUCAUAAGAUUUUGAAAAUGCCGAUCUAUCUAUUAAAAAUCAAGAUAAGAUUGAUCCAAGACCGAGAGUUGAACUCUCCUCGCAUAAAAACGCCAAAAAUGGAUAUCUUUGAGAUUUGGACUCGGAGAAGAAUGUUGUGCAUACCUUGCACAGCUCAUUGGACAAACGUUUUCAUUUUUAAUCAACUUGGCAUUAAAGAAAAGCUAUCUACAACAUGUCUGUAGCGAAUUCUACGGUUCUUUAUUUAAGUGGUUCGAACAGCAAACAAUAAUUGAGAAAGAUUAAUUGUUUCUGGAAAGGUUCCGAGGAGAAGACUAAGAGGAUGGUCACCAUCCAGAUGAUCCAGGGCCACUCUGCGAAUCCCUUAGGGCAGUUGAAGGGUACAAUGGAGAAAAUUUAUUAGGAGUUUUGGAGAAAAUCAGGAUCCUCGUUAAUGGGGAAAUGAAAAGAGAGAUAUAAGUAUAGUUCCUUCAGUUCUAUAAUUGAGCCCAUCGGAAUCAAAUCCUGCUAAAUCCUAAAUUUUUCGUCUUCCCUUUUUUUUACACAUUUUUAAAGUUCAAACAUAUUAAUCUACAGUCAUAAAGUUUCGGCUCAAAACCUUCUAAAUCCGCUUUAAAGUACGUCAGUGGAAUGUUAACGUUAGAACCAAACCCUGCUAUGUCCAUUACUUUUAUGAACAAUAAAGCAACGGCGUAACCAGGAUGAUCCUUAGAUGGGUUACAACUUCUGGAGGUAUAGAAUACCGCCAAUUUAAGCUCAAAGUACAUUCCAAUGAGAAGAGGGGAUUGUAACCCCAAACCGCCCUGGUGAUAUCACUGCGAAUAAAGUACUUCUUUUUCUUGUAUAUUUUGUAUGUUUUCCUAUAAAAAUGGUUUAAUAUCUACUUUUAGUGCAUUAAUUGCGCCAAAAGCAGUUGAAAAUGAGGAAUUUGGAAUUAUAUGGGCUUAGAGUCAAAAUCUGAUAUAUCCAAACUAAAAGAACAAAUUUCUGAAGAUUUAAGCGGCAUGAAGAGAAAUGACUUUAUACCAAAUUAGUGUGCCAUUUUAUGACAUUUAUUGAUGCCCCUUUUAUUGAGAAAUGCCGGAUAUUUUUUGGAAAAUUUACAGUUGUAAUGUUUUUUUGGCCUCCUGAAAAAUUUCAAAACAUGGAUGUAGCAGGUUUUGAUUCUAUAGGCCUCAAUUAUUCUAGUCGGUUGUUUUUGUGUAUCUAUAAACGAUAAAAUCGUAUCUGUUAUAAUUAAUAACCGAAGUAUGCAGUUUUUACAAAUAAAUUCAACUUACUGCUUAUCAAGAAUCUUUACUGCAUCCUGACUGAGAGUGUUAUCUACCUAUCUUACCUUCGUGGCCAGAAGUGCUUAUUUAUGGAACUCAGCCUGUUUUUUUCAUAUCGGACUAAAAACUUUGAGCUUAUUUCCGUUUUUUCAUAAAAUCAUUCAUUCUCUCAGGUAGAGAUUGCAAUCUCUUAUAAUCUUUAUCUGAUUUCAAAUUAUGUAAGACCAAAUAUCUUCUUUACAAUUGACUGGUCGUUUGGCAAUAGCAGAUAUGUCCAUUUUUGGUACUUUUCAGGAGAGCAAAUUCAAAUUUCCACGACGGCCAUAACAUUACCGUUUUUUCUUAUAUGUAUGUGACCUCAUAUAAAUAGCUGUAUAAACAAUAAACUCUAAAACCAAAUAUGAUAUCUCUAAAACUGUGAUUUUAUGGACAUCUUGGACAUUUGAAUUUGCUCUUCAAAAAUAUCGAAAAUGGACAUAUCAGCUUUUGGCAAACGGCCACUCAAUUCAACUAUGCAUGUACAUUCCUGUCGACCUCUUCCUAUUAUAAAAAUACCCUACUAAGUUAGGAAAAUCUGUUAAGCCUGGUAGUUAGCUAUGAGUACAUCGGAAACAAUCUUCAAAGUGAAACUUUUAUUUUUUUUGUUUUCACCCAAUUUUGAAAAAAUGUGAAAACUUUGGAUUAUCCACGUCCGUCUGUCCGUCUGUCCGUAACCACAACUCCUCCGUCAUUAUACUAGGUAGAAUGACAAGUGAGGUGUCAAAUGAAAGCUUAUAAUCCAAAGAUGGUACUAAAGGUGAGAAAUUUGACUUAAGCUGUCUGUCCGUCGGUCCGUCGGACCCCGAAUAUAGCUCCUCCAUCAUUAUACCAGGUAGAAUGACAAAUGAGAUGUCAAAUGAAAGCUUAUAAUCCAAAGAUGGUACUAAAGGUGAGAAAUUUGACUUAGGCUGUCUGUCCGUCGGUCCGUCGGACCCCGAAUAUAGCUCCUCCAUCAUUAUACCAGGUAGAAUGACAAAUGAGAUGUCAAAUGAAAGCUUAUAAUCGAAGAAUGGUACUAAAGGUGAGAAAUUUAACUUAGGUUGUCUGUCCGUCGGUCCGUCCGACCGCGAAUAUAACUCCUCCGUCAUUAUACCAGGUAGAAUGAAAAAUGAGGUGUCAAAUGAAGGCUUAUAAUCCAAGGAUAGUACUAAAAGUGAGAAAUUUGACUUAGGCUGUCUGUCCGUCGGUCCGUCCGACCGCGAAUAUAGCUCCUCCGUCAUUAUACCAGGUAGAAUGACAAAUGAGAUGUCAAAUGAAAGCUUAUAAUCCAAGGAUGGUAUUAAAGGUGAGAAAUUUGACUGAGGCUGUCUGUCCGUCGACCGUCCGACUUCCAAUUCCACUUUCGAUUACUUUGGGUGAAAAUCUAGGACUUACGAAGUCCAAUUACUUGUUAAAUAUAAUACAAAUAACAAAAUUUUAAAGAAUUUUGUGUUAAAAAUAUUGACUUGUAGACACUGAUCUGUUGAGUGUCAUGUGUUAUGAUCGGUAUUAUCUUUGUAUUGGAGUUUUAGGGGAAAUUUAAAAAAAAUUUAAGUUCACUCAUGAAAGUCAAUAAAUACAAAUGAUAUCCCUUUUAACGGCACGUCAUUGAAUAUUGAUUAAUUUUAUUUUAAAUAUAAUCUGGAUUUAGAUAUUCCUGAAUAUAUUUUAAAUGGUAUUUUCCUCUAAUAUUGUUAAAUCUUUUAUAGUUUAUAUUAAAAAUUAACAUAUUUAUAAAUAUUGUCAUUGUGAUUCUAUAUUUGUUGCAUUUAUUCGUUUAUUAUAACUUUUUGUGAAGUUUGAGAUGUUUUUAAUUAAAAAUAAUUAAAAAAUCGUCAGACUAAUCCAUUAUCAUGACUAAAUUAUUAAAAAUUAUUGUUUUCUAAAUACUCACAAAAUAUUUUUGUGCAUCCUGAAUAAACUGACACAUGUAAGUCCAUUUCUAAAUAGGUAAAAAAAGAAAAGAAAAGAAAAGGCUUACUUGCCGUUGGUUUAAUUGUACUUUGGACGACCAAUUUUGAGCUCUAUAAUUUCCGGCUCAUCAUCAGUUCCCUGAUGAGGUCACUUAAUCACUAAAAACGAUAUUAUUUAUAAGUAUGGUUAAAUAAAUUUUUCAAGGAAUUGACGAUGAGCUGAAAAUUGUAGAAUUCUGCGUGUAUAAGAGCUAUUUUUCCCAGUGCUGCAGUGCUCCCCUAGGAAAGCACUAUAAAUUUAUGAAAUUGGUGCUUCUGCUCUAUGCUUCAGUUAUACCAAACUUCGAAAUAGCAGGAAUGCAUUUCUAUCAUAUCAAUCCUAUGUCGGAUUUCUAUAAUACUAAUUUAAAUUCAAAUUUAGUUUGAGCACUACUAUCCUCAUUUUGGAAACCAAGUAACCAAUGUUUUAACCGAGUAAACCAACAGGUUUUAAAAAAUAAAGCUUGGAUCACCUGUUUUUAAGAAGUGGAUUUCUUAUGUAGAUCAAUGGAUUCGAAAAUAGUCUUCUUUUUCUUCUUCUAAUGGCGCUACAACCCUUUGCGAGUCUUGGCCUGCUUAGCAAUGUUCUUCCAUUCUGCCCUGUCGGAUAAUUUCCUUCGCCACUUCCUGAUGUUCACGGCUUUAAGAUCCUCUCUACGUCAUCUAUCCAUCUUUCACGGAGCCUUCCUCUUGUUAUAUUUCCUUAGGGCUUCCAUCUCUGGAUUACUUUUACAGUUUGAUUAUCUGGCAUUGUUUCUAAGUGACCAAGCCAGUUUAGUCUUUGUGACUACAAAUCUAACAAUAUCUGCCCUCUGCAUUAGUUCAUCCAGCUCGUGGUUCAUUUUAAUUAUCCACGAACCAUCGCUGCAUUUGGUCCAAAUAUUUUCUUUAGUAUUUUGCACUCAAAAUUCGAAAAUAGUGUUACAAAUGUUACAAAACUGACUUGACUUUUCUAUGUUCUUUUAUUCACUAAUGUUUAGUUUUAGUUGACUUUAUUUAUUUUUAAUAACUUACUUCUAAACAAGUGAAAAACACUGAAUUUAUAUCUUUUAUUUUACAAACCACCAUAUUUAAUUUAUUUAUUACACCAAACCUACUAAUUUAUCUAAUUACAAAUUCAAAAAUACCGCGCCCGUUACAUAUCAAAGUACACCGACGGUUUGAAAUUCACAAAUGACUUACUAAUUCCAAAAGCCCCUAUUUAUACAUUAUUACAAUGUUCCAGAAUAAGAAAGAUUAUUACGGAAGAAUUCAUCACAAACACAUAAAUCAAAUUCGGUAAACAAAAAGGGUCUGUUAAAUUAUAAUAAAUAGGCAAGGUGCUGAAAACAGUCGGGUGACAAAAUUAUGUAAAAAUAGUAUCGCAUAAAAUAAUCAAAUAAAAGUGUAAUCGAUAUGAAGCAUGGUAAAAAAAUAAAGCAUCUCCAAAGACAGAUCAAGCAGGAUAACAAGAGAAGCAACGAGGAAAUACCGAACCCUAAGAAGAGGCAAAACAUAUUUCAUAGAAGAAAUAGAAGCAAUUUGAGGAAAAGCAAUUUGAAAGCAUAGAAAAGCUAGGAAAUUAAAAUGAAAGUCGAAAGUUCUACAGACAUCUAAACAAAAUCAGAGAGAAGAAAGUGGAAAAUAAGAAGAAGGAAAGAUAUAUAAAGUCUUACAACUCAUACAAACAAAUCUGGUGAUAAUUUAGGAAACAAUAGUUUUAAAGGUUUUAUUUAUAGACAAAAAAAUGUUAUUAAUUUAAUACUUUUACUCAUAACUUUCUGUUCAUAUAUAUUUAAAAAAAAUAAUGUUUCAUUAAAAAGCUGCAUUUAUUAUUGCAUUUUCUACUCAAAUCCAAGUGUCUACAUAUUUUUGUUCGAAAAUAAACAGUUAUAUUGAUAUGUGAAAAUAUUUUUAUGAAAAUAAAGUACACAAAAAAAUAUCUAUUAUGGAAAAUAUUUUUUUGGUAGUCAGACCAGAUUGUUGUAUCUAUCUAAUCUAUCUAAACUAAAUCCAAAGAUAUUAAGUUUGGAAAAUAUUUGAUCCUACAUCUUUCAUUAUUACUGAAACUUUGAUUACAAUGAAACUUUUAUUAUAUUUUUGUCUCCUAUAUUUUUUCUAUUUCAGUAUAAUAGAUAUCUUUUAUGCAUUUUUUAUUAAUGUCUCAUCCAAAGAACAACUUUUGAAAAAAAUCGAAAUAUUAAGACACAAUCCGAAAUAUAAGGUAUAUUUUUUGUGUACUAAACUAUUCUUGUUAAUAAAGAGAAAUAUAUUAUAUUAUAGAUUUUGGUUAGAGUAAUGCAAAAUGUCUUAAACCAAAUGAUGUAGGUAAUAAAUUAAAAGUAAAAUCCAUAAGAAAAAAUUUUAUAUAGCUGGCUGAAUACCAUUAAUCACAAAGAAUUUAUAAAAAUGCAUAUUUUGUAAAAGAUAUGAAUACCUAUUUAUUAAAAUCCUUAAAGGACUUCAUCAAAAUUACAGAACGUUUUCAAUCUAAAAAGAUCGACAUUAGUACUGAUAACAGGUUUAUAACAUCAGGAGCCUUAUUUUGGUGCUUACUAUGGUGCUACCUUAUUUUUAUGAAGAAACAUAUUUUUUUAUCUUUAAACCGUUUUAAUUCCCGUUCAUUUUUUGUGCGUAUUUCUUUUCUCUAUAUAAAUUAUAUAAAAUCUGGCAACUGUGCAGUGUAGUACAACCCUCGCCACUCACAGCGGACGGGAUGAUCGCAUCGUGCCGAAAGCUUAGAUGGCUCAACUGAAAAGAGAAAUAUUUUACGGGCAUUCUAUGUAAGUGACAGAGAUACAGCUAUAUUGCACUUUUAAUACACGUUUAAAUGAGACUAUUCGUGCCUGGCUCGACAAGGAAGAUCUAAUAUUUUUUACUAUGCUCAUCAUAGUGAAUAGUGGAUCUUAGCUCCAAAAAGAUUCUUGCACAGGGUAGUACAUUAUAUUUUCGAGUUUUUUUACGCGCUCGCUCGCUCGUUUUUGUAUUUAUAAUUAUUACAUUUUUAAUGAUUAAACUUUUUAUUAUAAACUAUUACGUUUUUAAGUAAUUUAAGUUUUUUUAAUUUUUAAUAAAACUCGAGUUAAAUUCAGCUUAUCGUGAUAGUCUAAUUAAACACAAUGAACAAGAAGUGGAUAAAGAAUCGAUAUGUUUUGAAUCAAAUUAAAAAUUAUAUCUAUAUGGUUUUGUGGAGCUUUCGAGUUAGUUUUGAGAAAUCACGACGAAAAGAAAAAUUCAAAAAAUAGAGGCAUCUUUAUGGAACUGUUCAAUGUUAGCCGAAUUAGACCAAAGACUUAGGUUCAUAUUCAAAGUUCCAAAUCUUUAAAAGCGUGUACCUCAAAACAACACAAAAUGAACUCCUUCGGUGCAUCUUAGAUGUUUAUCACGAGGAAAUAAGGAAAGAAAUUGAAAAUAAUCUUUGUGUUGCAGUGAUUGCCGAUGAAGCGACAGACAUCGCGUCGCUGGUGAAUUUCAGUUAGUUAUAGUUUUCGGGUAUUUGUGUAAAGGGCGAUAAGUUGAGAUAUUUUGGAGAUUUUACUUGUUGGACGGACAUGAUGUCAAAUCAAUCACUGAAUGCAUUUUAAAUGUUUAAAUUUCUUGACACCCCAAAAAUAAUAUAAUAUAUACCUACAUAAUGUAAAAGUAUCCGUACCUAUUUUUUUAAAUUUCUAUUUUAUACUUUUUUUGACAAUAUCGUGAACCCUCACUAAAAAUUUAGGCAGCUGCCCGAAUUCUGGCACUACCUACUUAAAGUGAUACGAGCCGCCCUGUAUAACAUGCUGAACCACCAAAAAAUGUAGGAGAAAGCCCUCUAAAGGUUUUAGAAUUAUGAUAGAUAUACAUAAUUAGGUUUAAUUUAAAGUGGUGGUUAAAAUUUCCCUAGAUAUGGCACCAAGUAUCACAUGACUCCCAAUACAACACGUGGGUUACUCAGUGCAGAGGAUAAUUCCUCACAUUAUGGACUAUAAUUAGCGACUGGUUGCUAAUAGGGCUUUUCAUUCACAGUCAUUUGUUUCGAGCGUUUGUCAUGUGUCACAUAGUACUAAUAUAUCUACGUCAUACGUUAUUGGUAUAUACAAAUGAUACAAACCAAAGACGUAUGGCGUAGAUAUAUUAAUAUUAUGUGACACAUGACAGAAGCUCGAUACAAAUGACAUUCGAUGAAAAGCCCUAUUAUAAGGACGACAAUGUACAAGAGAUAGCUGAUAGUUGACAUAAUGAUGUCAUUGUCAAUGUGAGUGAUCAGCUACCAAAAGCUUAUUUUAUCACGACUGACCCUGUCAUAUUUAAAGUGCUAUUGAUAUUUGUUUUGUGUUUGGUAUCUUUUAACACUUUUAGCAGCAAACUUGUCAUUUCUUUAACAAAAUAUAUCGAUUAAAAUAAUAUUUACUGUCCAAAAUAUUGAGAAAAUAUUCAGAUUUACCGCGCCAUUCUUCAUUGGCUAAGAAAUGAAGAUAAUCAUACAUCAGUUGGUUUAAGACAUUCUGUAUAUAGAAAUAAAAAUUAUUUUGUGCAGUAAUAUAUAGUCAUUCCUAAAAGACUGCUUUGAGACUGCAUCGUAUUGGCUGCAUCAUGAUAUUCAUCUUUGGUAGAGCUAUUGCUUAUUAAUAACUGAUGGAUUUGGCCGUUACUUGAUGGAAAUUCAUUUUAUUUAGCAAUAAAACACUGAAGACUUUUGUUUUCAAUACUUCCAUAUUUAUUAUAAUUUAACGUCACUACAGCUGUUUCGGUAGAGUGAGUUUUUUUAUUGUUCAUUUUUGAAUUGUGAUCUUUAAUCAAAAAUGCUGAAAUUUUCCGUUAUUUUUAUUUGAAUUUACACCUUAAUUAUGAGAAAUAAUUUACAAAUGGAAAUAAAUUGACAUAAUACAACAUGAUGUCUUAAAAGACACUCAUCAACUAGAUCAGCAAUUAUCGGAUUUCUCAUCCUAAAAACUUGAUAUAUUUUAAAGUACAAUCAAGUCUCUACAGUAAAACCUCGAUAUAACGGACCUCUAUUUAACGGACUUCGAUUAUAACGGUCAAAAAAUCCAUGCUUUACCCGUCCCGUACCAAAAUACAUUGCAUACCAUUGGGGUACCGGUGGACCCCAAACAAUGUAUUUUACAAAGAAUUUCUCUGUCCGUUUCAUAUUAUAGCUUAAAUAAGGCAUGGUUCACAUUAGAUAUUUUCAAAAACUGGUUUUUUAAAGAAUUUGUAUCUGAAGUGAGAAAAUUUCAACAGAAGAAUCUGGAAACACCGACGGAAGAGGUGAAAUAUUUAUUGAUUUUAGAAAACGCUCCUGCUAAUUCCUCUGAAAAUAUUCUACGUUCAUAAGAGGUAACUUUAGUUAUGUAUGAUUAGGGCUCCCCAUAGAUUAGGGCAUUAGGGAAUAGUUUUGGCCACCAAAUAAAUAUAUCGCAGAAAGUUUUUAGUAAGUAAUGGUUGUAUUGCAUGAUAAAGCUAAUUUUAAUUUUACUGUGCAUCGAAAAAGGUGAAAGAGCAAACAUUAAAAAAUGGUUAGGAAUUUGUUUGUUAGCCAAGAUGCAGACAUAGAUCUAGAAGUUGGAAGUUCCUAAUUUCUGUAGGACAAUACAAAAUAAUUCCGGAGAAGUAGCUGAGGAAGAUGUUUAACAACCAGCGUCCAGAAGUAGAUGAAGGUGACCAUGGGUAUAACAUAAUGGCUGAAAGUGACAUAACAGAAUACUUACUAAAAAUAAGGAUAGAAGUGAAGAUAGCGAAGAAGACAAACCCCUGCCAAAAAUGAAGUUAUUAGAGGUAAUACCGAAUCUCGACGAUCUAGUAACAUUUACUUAUUAUCCUUAAAUAGCUAAUAUAAGUUCAACUGUAUCAUACGCAUUUUCGUUAUUUUAGAGAGUUGUGUGUAUAAAAAAAACUUCACAAUUGCAAACAAAACUUGAUUCCUUUUUCAAAGCAGGAUUACCUUAAGCAAGUGCGUCGAUAUGUUUUUGUUUUAUUUUGAACCUAUUUUUAUAUAACCGUCUUUCGGCUUUAAGGAUACCCCGCCCCCCCAAUUAGUCCGUUAUAUCGAGGUUUUACUGUAUUUUUUGUUCUGAAAAUAUUGACCACUAAAAUACAAGACAUACAAGGCCAAGAAACAUAAUAUUAGCCGAAGUUUUUAACAAAUAUAGGCUAGAAAAAGGAUAUGUAUCAUACAACGGGAACCUAUUUCACAUAAUGUACAAAACAAUAAAAAAUAGAGUGAAAAAUUACCGAGGUUUUAUUUAGGUGUAAUCAUUUCUUUGGAGCUCUACGCUCAAGUGAUCAAGGAAAUAUUACAAGUACAACUAGACAAGCCGAAAACGGCGGGUUCGUUGGAGAAAAUAUUCCCAUGAGAUUUUUUGCAUAAUCACAUUAGUGAGACAUCCCAGAAUAAGGUUCAAGAAGUCACCCACGUGAAAACUGGUCCAAAUUUUUUUUAACAAUUUUUUUUAAUCAAAUUGCAAAAGACAAUAUUUUAGGCUCGGGUAUUUUUUUUUAUUUUUUGGACCAUUCUGGAUAAAAAAGGUUUCUUAUAAUUUUUCUCUAGUGUUGACCGUUUUCGAGUUAUGCUUAACUUUGAAAAAAAAACGAAAAAUUGCGAUUUUCAAGGCUUAAUAACUCAGUUAAAAGUUAUUAUUAUGAAAGUCAGAAAAGACUAAAUCUAGAGUGCUAUGUAUUAAGAGUAUAAGUCAAAAAUGAAAAUUUUUUAUUAGGACUUUUCGAAGUCUUUUUUACCACUGAUGAAAUAAUUAUUACAACUAAAUAUGAAAAUGGUGACGAAAUAUGAUUAUUAAAUUAAUAAUUAACUAUUUUACUUUCUACUUUGGUAAUACCUUAUUAAUUAUAUAAUUCAAAAUAUAGAAGAAUCCCGAAAAAACUUUUUUAUGACUUAUACUCUUAGUACAUAUCACGUUAGAAAUUAAAGUUAGUAGUAAAGUAGUAAAGCCCCCCUACAAGCUCCUGACAAAAUUUUUGUCAAUAUUUUAUUACUAAGCUGUUAUUUUUAAGUAAUAGUAAUGAGCGUCAUGCACGUAUUAGGCAGCCGUCAAUGCUGAGUGCGAGAGAGAUGCCAUUCCGACAGUCAAAGGUGCAUCUUACUCGCACUCACAUUUACAGCCGCGUCAAUACGAUCUUGCCGCUCAUUGUUAAUAAUUAAAAAUAACAGCUUAGUAAUCAAUUAAUGACACAAAUUUCUUCAGGAUCAUGUAGAGGGAGCUUUAAACUUUGAUUUAGUCACUUUCUGACUUUCAUAAUAAUAAUUUUUAACCAAGUUAUUAAGUCUUAAAAAUGGCUAUAUUCGCGUUUUUCAAAUUUUACAUUGCUUUUAACGCGAAAACGAUCAAAUUUAGAGAAAAAUUAUAAGAGACAUUUUUUAUCCAGAAUUGUGGAAAGAAUCUACAAAAAAUUGUCUGUACCGAAAAUAUUUAUUUUUAAAAUUUGAUUUAAAAAAAUUGUUUAAAAAAAACUGGACCACUUUUCGCGUGGGCGACUCCUUGAACCUUAUUCUGGGGUGUCUCACGAAUGUGUUUUUGAUUAUGCAAAAAAAUCUCAUGGGAAUAUUUUUUAUUCCAACGAACCCGCCGUUUUUGCCUUGUCUAAACUUAACGGAAUGGACGGUAAAGGUGGUAUUAAGCAGAAAAAUGAGCUGGUGUAAUAAGCAUACGAUACAGUAACUUUUUGAAGUACUGACGAAGGCCAAUAUAAUAUACAAAUUAAGCAUGGAAGGUAUAUCUAAUAUCUAAUAUAACACUCAAAAAGUGUAGUAAAAAUGAGAAAUCAAAUUUUUUGACACAUCUCUUGUCAUUAACGGACUCACUAAAGUUGAGUUUUUAAGAAGCAUUGACAAUAUGAAGAAAUGUACGUAAAUAGAAGAGAUUAGAAAGAAAACUGAUGAUAAGAAAAUAAUGAAAGGCAAAUAGCAGAUGAAAUGAAAACAAUGUUAUUCAAACUAAAAAACAUAAAAGCGUAAUUAAGAAGAGAGAAGUAACUGGUCAAAAUGAAAUUAGAGACAUCUAAUUUGAUAUAAAAAUUUGCCAUGUAAGGCCACGUUGAUUAAUUAAGUUAUGUAAUGACAAUUAAUGAAACAAUAGAAGAGAAAACUCUUCACAAACUUAAACUGCAAAUCAUAAGAAAUAAAGUUCCAAGUAAAACAGCUUAUAAUGAAUUUGAAAUAUUCUUGCAAAAUACGAUGCAGUUCCAAUUACCAAAUAAAUGCACAUGACCAAUAUUUUGCCGAAAAAAAAUUCCUUUAACUUUUAUAUACAAACUCCCCCAAAAAUCAUUGACUCUAGGUUCCUAAGUUCUUUGUUUUAUGCGUAACAUUGAAAAUAAAAAGGAUAAUUCAUGAAAAUCUUAUAUAUAAGAAAUAAAUAUAAUUAAUUAAUAUUCAUAUUAUUUUACUAUAAGGAGUAGGCGCAAAAUCUUGGUCCAAUGCUAUUUAAAUGCGUUUAUUUUUUUCGAAUUCUGAAAAAACUAAUAAAUAUUUUUGAAAACUUUAAACACAGAAUGAAAGACUACAUCAUUACCAAGGGGCGAAAGUCCCUUGGAAUAAACAAAGUUUCUUUUGAAUAAAAUAUUUGAAAUUAAAAAUGACACUAAAUUUUCUCUUUUAUUUUCACCCCUGUAACUUAUUAAAAUAAACAUUAUAGAAGUUUUCAUGGACUUUAGGCACUUAAUAAUAAGGUAAUCUUUCAUUCUGCGUUUAAAUUUCUCAGGAUUCGAAAAAAAUGAAUGUAGUUAAAUAGCAUUGGACCAAGAUUUUGCGCCUACCACUCACAAAUCAUAUAUUAUGAAUAUAAAAUUUCACUGGAUAUCAAAUUAUUAUUGCGCAUCCUAUUUAUAAAUUUCAAGAAAUAAUGCAAUAUAAGUUGUCCCGGAACUAAUGGGGGAAAGUCGGGUAAACUACAGCCCCUACUUUACAAAUUCUAAUCGCUUAAUUGAUUCGAAAAAAAUGAAUGCAUUUAAAACACAUUGGCCCGAACUUUUACGCCGACGCCCUUAAGUUACCAUUUUACAUACGUUUUUUAUUUUUCAUUUUAGUGCUAUUUAUUUUAUCCCUCUCCUAAGCAGACCUAUUUUUGUCCUCUACUUGUCUCUGUGUAAUAUUUUUAUUUAAUAUUGAUUUUUGGACGACAGUACAUCAAUUCAAUUAUUGUGUAAAUAAUAAUAUAAGCAAAUACUUUACAUAUAAACAAUAUUUACAGUAGGAAAAAUGAAAGAUUACUCAUGAACCAACAUAUAAAACACGCUGUAUUUUCCUGUGACCGUGUCACAAAAAAAAUUGGCCAGCGCAAGAACAUAUAAUAAAUUAUAUAAACUGUUCUUAUAAUAAUCGUACUGGUUCAUUACUUUCUGGAACAUAGAAAAUAUGUGUUUAAUAAGAUCGCUCAUGGGUAAUCUUUCAUUUUUCCGACUGUAAGUAGUUUAAAUAUACCACUAAAACAUACACAGCUAUAAUUUAAGAAUUUUAAAUCCAGGGUAUAAAAAUCAAUAUUGUUGCACUUUUUUAUAAGGAACAAGUUUCGACAGUUUUCCUUAUGUCAACAGCACAACUAUAAUACAACUAUACCUAUAUUUUAAUAUUUACAUUGCUCAACGUAUAAAUAGUACAAAUAAUAUUAACAAAUUAUCUAGUUUAAUCUCUAAGAAAAAUAUAGUUCGAAUGUAGCUACAUAUAUAUAUAUAUAUAUAUAUAUAUAUAUAUAUAUAUAUAUAUAUAUAUAUAUAUAUAUAUAUAUAGAUAUACAUAUACGAAGCAGAAUCCGCUGAAAUAUUUGAAAAUUUCUGAAUCUUAUAUACCAGUUGGAUAUCAGAGCCAAGAUUUUUUCCACUCCUAUUCUUUCAUCUAUUCUUACUUCCGUGAUUUCGCGAAAUAUAUCGUUAACUGUAUAUUUUAACUAACUUAAGAAGUUUCUUAUUGUAUCCAAUGCACUUACUUCUAUGUAUUUUAUUUUUUAAGAUUAAAAUUUUAAGCUUAUUUUUGUCGGUUCAAAAUAUAUCCAAAUACACAAAACCAUAAGAAGACCAGCAUAAAGCACAUAUGGAAGCAAAACGUGGGCACUAGCAAAAAAGAAGUAAAUAAAUUGCUGGUGUGGGAACGUAAAAUCCUUUUAGUAAUAUGUGGUGUUUGCAGAAAUAGAGUGACAAACGAAUGGAGGUGCAAAUAGAAAAAGUUAGGGUUUCUCUUUUAAAAAUAAAAUCUAGUUAUAUAUAUUUAACCCAAUAGACUAAGAAAGUAAUGACAAAAAAUGCGGAAUAAUGGCAAUCUUGUUAUGAAAAGUGUGUUUCAGAAAAGAACAGAAGAAGAAAGGAAGAGAAGGUCUGUAGAGCUGCCUAGCAAAGGGUAGAAAGAUUCACUCAAAGAAAACCUGGAGAAAAUAGGGGUGAGACAAAUAGUGGCAAUGGACCGAAAAAAAGGACCUGUAAUUAAAAAGGAGUAAAUAUAUAAAUAAAAAAUUAAUAUUAUUCUGUAUUUUGACAACGACACCCGACUUGGGCGUCGAAACGUUAAUAAAAUAAUUUUUUUGGUAAAAUUGUGGCUCAUUUUCCAUUGAAAAUAGUUAAUUAUAAACAUGCCACAAGGAAAUAGUUUCAGAACAACAUUGAAAAGGGAGAAAACAAAAUUAGAAAAUAAUAUAAGACGAUAUAUUACUUAUGCGUAUAUAUUUCUUAAAUAGGCAGGUAACUCUAAAGAACGUUUUGAAUAGAUUAGUUAAACAAAAACAUAAGAAAAGGCGUAUUAAUCGUAAUAACGUACUAAAAAUAUAUCAGACCGAAAUAUCAUUGUUUUCAAUUUUGUAUAACAACUGAAACUGAUAUAAUAAGUAAGAUAUCCACACAGAACACUCUAAAUUCUAUAACCAAUUUAGAACGAAAAUAAAAACAAAAAUUAAGUUUGUUAUCUGCAAUAAGUGAUACUAUAAUUUAUUAUAAACCAAUAAAAAUAUUGAUAUAAGAACUUUUAAGUAAAUUUUCUAAAAGGUUAAAGUUUUCGAUUUAUAAGUAAACAAUGUCCAAUCCUUCCAAUAUAUUUAUAACUAUUUAUAUGUACAUAUGGACUAUCCUUUUUAUUUUCAAUGUUUUUUAUUACUCGUCCUGCUAUGUUUUUCGCUAACCCGAUUAGGACAGUAUUAGUAACUUUAGUCAAUGUUAUAUAGUUGUUAUAACUUUUGUGUUAAAUCAUCAGUAAUUACAAAAUCCACACAAGCACGUUGUUGAAAAUUAUAUGUGAAUAAAAAUUUUAAAAUUUA